AUGGAUUCUUCAAAUGAUUAUAUUUAUAUUAACAAGCGUACUUUAUCUAGACACAUAAAGAGGAAAGUGGAAGAUUUUUUUAAUAAAAUUCCUAUGGAAGAAACAAAUGUAGCAUCAUUAGUUGAUCAAAAUAACAAGCAAGAUUUCACUACUAGGAACAUCAAUAAUAUUGAUGCUAAUGAAAAUUAUGAGAGGUACAACGAUCAGCUAGAAGAAUCUUUUAGUCUGCCAUCAAAAAUAUUAAAAUUCCAAGAUACUGAUAAUGCUAAUGAUAAAAGCUCCAGUUUGUUUAAUAGCGAAAGUUCUGAUAAUACAGAAAUUUCAAGCUUAUUAACCAGCACGUCAUCAUCUAGCAACCUAAGAACUUUCAAAGAGCAUCUAGCUACAUGGGCAGUACAAUAUGUGGAAAAGGUGAAAGAAAUAAAGGCACCAACACCUCCAAUGUCUCUUACCGGCAUGCCAUCAGCACAAGGUACCUCAAAAAACAAACGUCCAUCUGAAGUAAUUUAUAGUUCAGUGUGUAAAAGACAAAAAAUAUCAAACAAAGUAUCAAACACCAACAGUUACACAAGCCAUGAUUUGUAA